AGGGUUUACACGAGAGUGGUAGUAGAAAGAAAGGUAGGGGAUAUGGCUGGAUGAGAAUGGAGGCGUCGCAGCAAUCAGGGAUUGUGGAAGGCGCUGUGGAUUUGUGGCCAGAGCUGUCGCACUGCUGCCGAGCUUGAGGCGGCGCCAGAUUCGUCGGCCGUGGGUGUGGCAUCGAGCUCCAGGGUUUCUAGGUUGGUUCCAUUAGCAGUAGAUUGCUACAUUUUUCUCGCAUUCAGCACGACACGAUCGAGUUUGGACAGCUUGGGAAGUGGCUUGCCUGCAUUCUCUCUGUGUGGUGAGUGAAGUGGGAUUUCUCUCAAAGUUUAAGGGAAAAAAAGAGAAAGAGAGAGAGAGAGAGAGCGCCCCGGGAAGAGAAGAGAGAGUAGAAUUCUUCUAAAAGUAUGCCAAGCCCGAGUAAGAAGCCUCCGACCAAUGUGAAGCCUGUUCCAGGGACCAUAGUGUGGGUGAGGCGGAGGAAUGGCUCCUGGUGGCCUGGACGAAUUAUUAGUAAGAAGGAGCUCUUAGCAUCGAAUGUUAUGUCUCCGAGAUCUGGAACUCCGGUUAAGCUUCUUGGUCGAGACGAUGCAAGUGUGGAUUGGUACAAUAUUGAGAAAUCGAAGAGAGUGAAGCCGUUCAGAUGCGGGGAGUUUGAUGACUGCAUCGAGAAAGCUCAGGCAAUGGCGGGACAGUCGAAGAGGAGGGAAAAGUAUGCUCGCAGGGAAGACGCAAUCGUAGAUGCUAUAGAGCUCGAGAAGGAACAGAUCGAGCAGCUGAAGACCGCGUACGUUGGCACAGGGGGGAAGAAAUCAAAACUCAAAGGCAAGCAGAAAAGCGUAGAUGGUGGUGGAGAUCAACCAAAGAAGGGAAAUGGUGAUACGAGCGGGGUCAAUCGCAAAGUCUCCAAGAAAAAGGCACAAACUGCCAAGGACCGGGAAACCUCGGAUUUGGAGGAUGGAGCGGCAUUACUUCCGAGAAUGCGUGGAUUACAAGACUUGGUAUCCGCCGGUACUUCGUCCAAAAUCACAACUGUGGAAGGACUGGAUGGCUCUUCCGAGGUCGAGGCACCACCUUUGGACGAAAGCAUGCAGCAGACGGUCCCAGAUCAAGUCAAGGCAUUAAAGCGAAAGCGGUCAUCCGGACGAGCAGAAGAAGCUCCGUCCAAAAGGCGCGACAGGAAAAGACCGAUUUUACAGGUUUUGGAGACGCUGGAGCGGGACAAUGAGAAUCAGGAUGAUCCGGCAGUGAAAGCUGAAGGGGUUUGCGAAGGCGAAGACAAGCUCUCGGACGAGUGUGAGUCGACGCAAGAGACUUUGCAGCUAGUGUCAUCAGCUCAGGAUAAACCCGCAGCGCAUUUUCUCGAUGCUCACAGCGCCAGUUACAACAGCAAGGACGUAGCAGUGGUGGCAUGCGAGGGAACGACGCUGCCGUCUCAUACAUCUGCUUCUCCAACGGGAAUUACACAGGAGGAAAAGCCUCCUGUGAAAAAGGAGAAGGGGAGCAAGAAGAAGGCGUCGAUGCCACCAAGGACGUUGGCAUCCCUUGUCGUGGACAGUGCUGGAGAUGUCCAGAAGGUGACAAAGCAGAGGAAAGGGGAGCCGAAUUCUUCACAGCCGACUGCCUCCGUCUCGCGGUUUGACGUCGGCACAGCAUCGGCAUGUCGUAGUGGAAAAGGCAAACUCAAAGUGGAGGCCGAGGAUACUGUAACCGCAUGCUGUCCAUCUGAUGAUCAAAAGGAGAACUGGAAAGAAGGAUUCGUACAUCCACGAACUCGGUAUGAGAAGCAACCCGUGCCCGUGGUUUCGCUCAGCAGUACAAUUACUGGAAAGACAGUCUGCGGAUACCCCGUGUCCGUGGAAGUUGUGGAGGGGAUACUGGGGACGAGGAAGAAAAGGUUGAAGAACUACAGUGGCGAGCUCGCAACCUCUCCAAAACCUUGGCAGACGGCAAAGCGAACGGCCCGGCAGAGAACUCCACGCUCAGAGAUUCUAGCGACGAGCGACGACGAUUACACCACCAAAGUUCCAGGCACCGGCAAGAAGAGAUCCAAGGAGGCACUGUCGAAGAAGCUCCUCAAGAAGGCAGUCCUGGCCUCGAAGAAAAUCCGGACUUUGGCAUCGAUCUCGGAGGAGAAGAGGAGGCAGCCGGAGAAUGGGUUUGGGUUCUUGAGCUCAAAAGCUCCACCGAAGUGGCCAGUGGCGACGCUGGUUCCCGUCAGUGUGGCUUUGAAUCGACUCCGAGGGGUGGUGUGUUCCUGACGAGACGAUACACGGGGAUUCUCUACAUCAAGGAAGACGAAGGCGAUGAAGAAGAAAAGUUCUUGCCAUCGAUGGAGAGAGAGACGAAAGAGGGGUUUAUCUUCUCCUCGUCCGUCGAGGGAGACGAUGGAGAGGAAAGAAAGAGACGCGAAAUUCUAGCUAUGGUGGAAGGAGCAAA